ACAUGCGCAGUUACGUGGAACACAGUUCCACCUCGCCCGGCGCGGCUGCCAUGGCGGCCGCCGGCAGCACGGGAACUGGGGUGGUUGUUCGCUUCGCCUCCGCGCUCCCCCGACCGGCAGUCAGACAACUGGGGCCUGGGCGCUGACGCCCUCUUGCCCUGUCCUCCCCACACAGCCCCUGGGCCCCGGGCCCGGGCCCGCCCCCUCGCGCCUCCAGGCCGCUGCUCCCGCCCCUCCUGUCAGGCCGCCGCCGGUCGGGCGCGGGCCGCGGCCCACGGCUCCCAGCUCCCAGCAUGGUGCGGUGCGGCGGGGCGGCGCUGCGGAAGUAUGGCAACUUUCUAGACAAUUUACGGCUCUAUGUGAGAGGAGGAACUGGUGGAAUGGGUUAUCCUCGGCUAGGCGGGGAAGGAGGCAGAGGUGGUGAUGUCUGGCUCGUCGCCCAAGAAAGAGCUACCUUGAGGAGCAUAAGGGACAGGUAUCCCAAGAAGCGAUUCGUCGCUGGAACAGGAGCCAACAGCAGUGUUAGAGCACUAAAAGGUGAAAAAGGAAAAGAUUGUGAAGUUCAUGUGCCUUGGGGAAUUUCAGUUCUUGACGAUGAUGGCAAGCAAAUUGGAGAGCUUAAUGCAGCAGGAGAGAGAUUCUUAGCAGCUCGUGGAGGUCUUGGAGGCUCUUUGGCCACAAACUUCUUGCCUUGCAAAGGUCAGAGCCGAAUUGUUCGUCUCGAUUUGAAACUUAUAGCAGAUGUUGGCUUAGUUGGGUUUCCAAAUGCAGGAAAAUCAUCCUUGUUAAGCAAGAUUUCUCAUGCCAAACCCGAGAUUGCAAAUUAUCCAUUUACAACGAUACAGCCUGAACUAGGAAAGAUCAUGUAUGCAGAUUACAAGCAGAUUUCAGUAGCUGAUCUCCCAGGACUGAUUGAAGGUGCACAUGCAAACAAAGGGAUGGGCCACAAAUUUCUCAAACAUGUAGAAAGAACCAAACAGCUUCUCUUAGUUGUUGAUAUUUCUGGGUUUCAGCUGUCUACUAAAACUCUGUUCAGAACAGCCUUUGAAACUAUAUUGCUUCUAACAAAGGAAUUGGAGCUAUACAAAGAGGAGCUUCUAACAAAACCAGCACUUCUUGCCAUUAAUAAAAUGGAUUUACCCUGUGCAAAGGAUAACUUGAAUGAACUUAUGAAACAGCUACAGAAUCCUCAAGACUUCCUACACUUACUACAGGAAGAAAUGAGUCAUGCAAAUAUACUUGAAUUCAAAGAUAUAAUUCCUAUAUCUACAUAUACUGGAGAAGGAAUUGAGAAACUAAAAGCAUGUAUAAGAAAAUCCAUAGAUGAGGAAGCAGAGCAGGAGAAUGAAGAAUAUCGGAAAAAGAAACUACUGCUUUUACAGACUUCAGAAGAACAACAGAUUAACAGAAGAUAGUGUUCUUGGCUGGAUCCAACACAUUUCAAAAUUUUUAGCAUGCACAUGAACCCGUUGCUAUGCAAACCUUCCAUUCAGUUUUUCUUCACCAACACUGCCCAGUUCUCUGCUCCCUCCGUUGUCUCAGUUUCUUUUGGCACUUGGGUAGCAAAGUGGAGAAAAGAGAAGGUUUUUUGAUUUAUGUUGGCUACUGACUCAACAGAGUAAAGACCAAAGUAUGUGCAGCUCAAAGCACAGCUUAACAACUGGUCAUCCCUGGAGUAUUUUUCUGCCAGAUGAGAAGAGUGGAAAGAAUAUAACCUGCACAGGUAGCAAAGGAGCAAGUUCAACCACUCUGCAUCUUCUUCCACAGGCAUUGGAAACAGCAAGGGAGAUUUCUGAUGGAGCAGUUUUCCAGGGUCUAGUGCUUCUAAGGUGAACCAGUUUUGCUACUUUGACAGGUAUCAGAUUGUGAGGGUUCAGUUAUUUUUAAAGAUUUAAAGGAAAACACAAAUAAAUGGCCACAAGGAAGUGGCUUGUAGGAGCACGAAAAAGCAAGGCUGAUGUGUAACGUUGGGGUGUUUUUUUCAUACUUGCUGGUGUUUACUGUAUUUCCCUUGGUCAUAUAAAUCCUGAUUCCCAAUUCCCAAACUUAAUUUGGGAUACCACUCUUACAGAGUUCUGGGUAUACAUUACUUUUUGGUGAAGAAAAUCAUGACUGCUUUUCAACAGAGCUAUACAUUUUUGGGAAUAGUUAGUGUUCCAGUUUUUGUAUUGCAAGUAGGCACACUUAUAUUUUAAUUAAAAAAAAAAAAAAAGUAAAUCCUUUAUUGUACAGGGUGUUUUCUACUUCUAAACUAUUUUGCAAAUCAAAAUAAGACUGAAUACAACAGAGGCUUCUCAA